GGAAAACAAAAAUUUAUCAAUAUAUUUGUUAAAUUUUUUAACAAAUGCUCUGAUAAAUUUUGAUCAUGGAAUAAUUCCAGCCUGCACAACAGAUAUGAAAUUGGAUUUGGGAAUAGAUGACGUGGGAGUAAUAUUUAAAUUGAUAAUCUAAUUUUAGUUAGGCCUAAUGGGAUCAUCAGUUUAUGGUGGACUUGUAAUAGGUUCAUUUUUGGGCACAGGAAUAUUCGAUAAAUAUAAAACUAAACAUAUAGUCACAAUCAGUGUCUUAUGUUGCAUAUUAAGUUUAUCUCUAUUUAUUCUAACCAAAAAUAUAUUUCUCUUAUUUUUAUCUAGAUUUUUAACAGGAUUCUUUUAAGUAUGCAAUAUUAAUUUAUUUGGUAUUUUUAGUAAUAUUUUUCCCUGUUUGGAUAGAUUUAUUUGGAGAAAAUAAUAAAACUAUGUGGUUGACAUAUAUGUAAUUAGGAGUGGCUUUAGGAACAGUAGCAGGAUAUUUAGUAACUUCAUUAUCGCUUCAUUUUUCAUCAGAUGUAAUUCAAAAAUAAAAUUUAUUAGUGGGUUUAUCCAUAUUACUUGUAAAUAUUUUUACUAAUUCCUUGUUUUUUAUUUUAUAGUUUUUGUAAUGAAGAAAUGUUAACUACAAAAAAUCAAGAAAAAAGUAUUAUAAAUUAAGAGGCAUUUAAAACUAUUUUUCUCAAAAAUUUAAAAACUUUUUUUUCAAAUCCAGUUUUUGUUUUUUCUAUGUUAUCAUUAAGUUCAUUAUUUUUUGUAGUAACAGGAGUUUAAUUUUGGAUAACAGAUUAUCUUAGAAAUGUUUUAUUGAUGUCUCAUGAAGUUGUAUUUAAAUCAUUUUUAAUAAUAUCAUUAACUGCACCUCUAAGUGGAGUAUAUUUAGGAGGUUUAAUUUUACAUAAUUUUGGAGGAUAUGAUGGAUAAAUGGCAAUGAACAUAGCAGCUAUUGAAGCUUUAUUCGCAAGUAUAUCAGGAGCAUUUAUUCCAGCUUUAAAUAAUGGUACAUAUGUCCUAAUUUUUUUAUGGUUUUUAUUAUUUUUUGGGGGAAGUGCUGUACCAGCAAUUAUAGGUAUUAUGAUUACUUCAAUUCCCAGAGAUUAAAGAUCAAGUGGAAAUUCAUUAAGUCAUUUGUUUCAAGAACUUUUAGGAUAUUUACCUGCACCUGUUCUGUAUGGUUAUAUUACAUAAAAAACUGGAGGAUCAACAUCUCGUUGGGGAAUGAUUCUUCUCUCUAUUUUUGGCUUUCUUGGUUUGUUCUAUAUUGUUUUAGGAAGGAUUUUCAAAUAAAAAACUACUGAUAUCAGUGUUAAUUAGGAAGAUUAAAUUGAAAAUUAAACUACACUGAUACAUAGAAAUCAUAAUUUCAAAUCUACUUCUUAUAAAAGGUAGGCUUCAGUAAAUUAAGCUUUAUCUAAUUUUUCAUAUCUUCUUGGCAGAGGCAGUCUUGAUAAUGAUUUAUUUUGCAUUAAAAAUGAUCAGGAUAGAUAAUAAAUCCAAAAUUAUACAAAAGAUAUUGAACUAUAAGUUGCUGGUGGAUAUUAUCUUGUUAGUGAAGGAAGAUAUGUCAAAUUUACAGAAGAUUGA